CUCUUCAUUCUCCAAAGACAUCAAGACCACGACUGGUGGCCAAAGCAGCAUGGCUCCAUCCUUUCUUGCAGCGACAGGAGGACUUCUGUUACUUUUCGCCUUCUCAUCAGCACAAACCAGAGGAGACAACACUGCAAGAUGCUUCCCAAAUGACGGCUUUGGAACGUACUGUCCUACAACAUGUGGAGUGGCUGAUUACAUGUCGAGAUAUCUGCCUGUAGUGGAGCGGGAUUUGGAUUACAUGGAAGACCAACUUGAGGCAAUUGCCAAUUUAACCCAGGGGGCCGACCAAACAAUUGUUGACAUUAAUACUUCUGUUACUCAUGUUAAAAAAUCCUCCCCGUCAGACUCAUACUACAAAAAGUCAAGAAGUAUAGAGGAUGAUAUCAUUCAAUUUCAAAAGACCAUCAGCAUACAGGAGCAGCAAAUAUAUCAACUUCAGACUUUAAUGACAGACAACGAGAAGAAAAUAUCAAACUUGAGAACACUCUCCGUCCAGCUGCAGCAAAAAUGCAGUGAGCCUUGCACGGACGAGGUUGAGAUUCAGAGCUUCACAGGAACAGACUGCCAGGAUAUUGCAAACAAAGGUGCCACCACCAGUGGUCUUUAUUUUGUGAAGCCAGAGAAAUCCCCGGAGCAGUUCCUUGUCUAUUGUGAGAUCGACAGCUUUCGACGCGGCUUCACAGUAAUACAGAGGAGACGUGAUGGCAGCGUGGACUUCGGUAAGAACUGGAUUCAGUACAAGAAUGGCUUUGGCUAUCUUUCACCAGAUGACACCACAGAGUUCUGGCUCGGUAACGAGAAGCUCCAUCUCCUGACGGCUACCACCACCAUCCCAACUGUACUGAGGAUAGAGCUUGUUGACUGGGAUGGCAACAAAAAGUAUGCUGACUACAACAUGUUCAGAGUUGGACCAGAGAUCGACCAGUACCGUAUGACAUAUGGCUACUAUUUUGGAGGCGAUGCUGGAGACGCUUUUGAUGGCUUUGACUUUGGGGAUGAUCCCAGCGACAAGUUCUACACCUCUCACAAUGGCAUGCAGUUUAGCACCGCCGACAAGGACAACGACAAGUAUGAUGGCAACUGUGCUCAGCAGGACAGCUCUGGCUGGUGGAUGAACAGAUGUCAUGCUGCACAUUUGAACGGCAAAUACUACCAGGGUGGCAGGUACACACAAAAGGAUGCAGGUGAAUUCGGCUUUGACAAUGGCAUUAUUUGGGUCACAUGGCACGACCGCUGGUAUUCGUUGAAGGAGACCACCAUGAAGCUCAUUCCCCUCAGCCGCAUCACAGCAGGCGGACAGCAGUCUGCAGUGAAAGAGUUUGGCGGACUUGGAGAUUCUUAAAAAAGUUAACCAACAUGCUUGUGGUCUGUUUAGGCUGCAGUUAAAGUGUUCAGCACAACGGCACUGAAACCUCCUUAAAUAAAAUAACAUGCUGCAGUGGAAAAUUUCUGACUUUAUGAUGUGUGAUGCAUGUUUUGCUGUUGUUUUGAGCACUAAAUAAACGUCUUUUCUGAACCAAAUAUGUUCAUUACUUCAUUGGGCAGUAACACUUUAGACUCACCUGCAGCCAACCUGGAGACACAGUUAAGUCCAUAUAGCAAGCAGCUGUUUUGCAAAACAAUGUUGAGAUGAGACAAAAGCACCUGGUAAAAAUAAAUAAUGCAGUAUGCUAAAUUGUGUCUGAAUGUUUUGUCAAGUGGCCAGAAAUGUACACCUGUGUCUAAUGCAAUGCAAAAGCCAUAAGAAUAAGCCAAAUAAAAAGCAUCCCAAACAAA